CGGUCGACGAACGUUGCCGCUGAGUACGCUCGUGCGACGUAAAGCAGCAAUCAGCUUGAAUGGUGUGUAUUGUGGUUAGAGAGUGGAAUUUCUGAAUUGGGUUUUUGCGGAAGUAUUCGCAUCGGUUUAGCAAAUGAAUCAAUACCAGUGAAGUAGCAUUAGUUCUAGCGAUAGUUCGCCGUCAACGUUGUCGGUGAAAUGUCCAACAAGGCAGCGCAGGAAGCGGAUUUCACAGUUCAAUAGCUCGCGGAAAAGGAAAUGUGGUCCGCCGCUAGAGGUACCACCAAUCCAGAGCUGGAAGUGUGACACUGUGUGUGAGUGCGUGUGGAUUGUGUGUGCAUGCGACAAUCGUCCCACCGCUGGAAGCUUCGAGCUGCGCGUGUAAACGGCUGGAGUGAAGGAGAACGAGAGCAACGCGAGAGUUUGCUCAAACAAAGAGCAAGGGCGAAGAAGAGAAAGAGUCAUAAGUUGAAGAAGAAGAAGAAGAGAAGAGGAAAAGGAAGAAGGAAUAAGAUAGCGCUUUCGUGCGAGACCAUGUGUGUGCGUUAACGUGGGGUUCAGUGUGUGCGAAAAGAGAGCAUAGAUUCGUCUUCGCCAGACAUACAGUUGCUGCAAUAGCCAACAAGGGAAGCGAUCAUCGUCAUCAUCAGCAGCAUCGAGUGCGUUGACACUUCGCGAAAUACAAAAAGAGCCUUUUGCUCUAAAAGAUCGCGUGUGUCAUCCAGAGGACGGUGCAUAACAGCAGAGAUAACAGGAAGAAAGCAGUAGAGGACCGGAAGUGAUCGCACAGCGACGGCGCGCAUUCCUGAAAGCAAUAAAACGGCCACGGCAGUAGCAGUAGGAUAACGUCACUCCUCCCGGCUCAUAAUACACCUCCAGUAGGAGGAGGAAUUUUGUUGAACAGCAGCGUCUGUCUGCGGUCUUCGCUUCGCUAGGAAAAAAAACUCCAUCAAGAACACUUCACUUUACUGCCUUUCGGGAGGAAGACACCAUUAUCGAGGAAGGAAGGCGCAAGUAAUAAUAUAGCAGCGCUCCGUAGUGCAGCGGUGUUGUGGUAGGGAUCUCUCUCUUCGGCCAAAAUGCGUGAAUACAAAAUCGUCGUCCUCGGCAGCGGAGGUGUCGGCAAAUCGGCCCUCACAGUGCAGUUCGUUCAGGGAAUAUUUGUGGAAAAGUACGAUCCCACGAUAGAGGACAGCUACCGGAAACAGGUGGAAGUGGACGGGCAGCAAUGCAUGUUGGAAAUUUUGGACACAGCCGGCACAGAACAAUUCACCGCCAUGCGAGAUCUGUACAUGAAGAACGGACAGGGCUUCGUGCUAGUAUACUCCAUCACCGCGCAAUCCACCUUCAACGAUCUGCAGGAUCUGAGGGAGCAAAUCUUGAGGGUGAAGGACACUGACGAUGUUCCGAUGGUGUUGGUCGGCAAUAAAUGCGAUCUCGAGGACGAGCGGGUCGUGGGCAAGGAUCUGGGCAGGAGUCUAGCGGCGCAGUUCAAUUGUGCAUUCAUGGAAACGUCUGCCAAAGCCAAAAUUAAUGUUAACGACAUCUUCUACGACUUAGUGCAACAAAUCAACAAGAAAUCACCCGAAAGGAAGCCCAAUAAAAAGAAGAAAUCGCUGUGCGUGCUGCUGUAAAACCACUGUUUAGGGCACAAUGUGUGUGAAUGGUUCAACACAAACAACAAACACAAUCCGUAGAAACCAGACGAGACGACGACGCUGUAACUGUGCUGCUGUGGCCGCGAGAUAAUCAAGUGUUAGGACAAGCGAUUGCGCUACACGAAGCGCGCCUGUUUGUCUCAGGGGCAAAGGGGUUUGAGAACUAAAAGUGUGAAGAGGUGGUGAUUUACACGGGCGUUAAACAAAACGGGGAAAAAAGCUAGCAGUCCCUAAAUGUUACAUACAAAUACACAAACAGACGAAUACAUACAGAAACAUAAUUUCCUUCUUUACUAUACACACAUGUACACAGACAUGUUCUAGCCAGGACACCGUUUUUUAAGUGAGGAGUGCACAGACUAAAACAAACACACUUUAAAAUCACACACACACACAACUCUUCUAGGGAAACGGGAAAAAUUAGAUAUGUGAGCAAAGCGGACCGAAGGACUUUUUAAGGGUAAUAAGAAAGUAUUGGGUUAAAUUUAUCUGAUGAUCACAAGUAGGCGGUGUAUCGUUUCCAUCAACGCAUGACAACCGAUUUGGUGCAAUGUACGAAACAGAAUAAAAACAACUCUCUUGAAACGUUCAAACAAACCUCUACAAAAAGGAAAACAACAUCGCGUAACCAAAAUGGGAUAGGCCAAUUUUUCAUCACCGUCAAUAUCACCACUAAAGAAUCCCGAUCAUUAUCAUCAUAGGAAAAGCUGGACAACAAACAGAGAACAACCAAACCCUAGCAUCCGCAAAUUCUUCGUAGAUUAGUAGACCGAAUCAAACAUCCGGAUGUUUUAUUAUCGGACGCGCAGCACGAGGAAGAGAAAGGAAUAAUGGAAACAACAUUGGUUUACAACAGGCGGAGAAAGUAGAGUCAGAGAGGAAGAGCGAUAUCGUAACAAGGAACGUGUGGGGGGGACUGAGGGGACACGGCGGGCGACAGAGUGGGCACAUUCAAAUGCAACUCGGCUGCCUCCGGUUGGAUGAUAGCAAGUGGCUGCAAUAGAUAACGCAAAAACAGAAAGAGGAACUUAACCCACUAAUCAGCAAAGGGAAAUAUCCCGCUGGCGUUAGGACAUUUUCUAUCUUCUAUUUCGCCUUCCAGUUCUCGUUUUUUUAUGAUAGAAAUUUGUUUUUUUUUUUUACAAGAGAAAUAUAAAUGAAAUUAAAAAGUAUUUCAGUACUUCGAGCCCCCUUUACUGGUCGCCUUUUGUUCGUACCGCGCGAAUAGGAUUAUUACUUUUUAAUUGUACUUCGCUGUAGGUCGAAAUGAAAUAAAUCAAACCACAUUAUGCGUGGCAAAAUGGAACGAAACAAGAGUGGAAUUGAUAGUAGUGUGAUAUAGCACGAUUGUAAAGCGUCAGGUCGGUGGAAGGAAGGUGGAAGCGGGAGUGGCGAUCGCGAUCACGUGUGUUCCAACCAUCCUGCUUGAAAUCUUCCUAGGUAACAAACGAAGGCCUUUUUUAAACAGACCUGAAAUGAUUUAUGUUUUCCCGAUUCCGUUUAGCGUGUAUGGCACUGCAAGAGAAAAGGAAAGUUAUAGGAUGAUAAGACACAAAGUUAAAGGUAUAAGAUGCGUCAUUUCGUGGUGUCGACCGCAAUAUCAAUAUUUGAUCCGGCAUUUUGUUUAUGUCAGGAAGUAUAUGUUCUACAAGAAUCUUUUCUAUACUAUACGUACGCCGAAUUCAAAUAAAUAAAAUAUUUUCUUUCACAAUCAUGAUUAUUAGAAUUGAAUCAAUUGAAAAGUGUCGCUCAAAACCAGAUCGUGCAAUCCCAUUUCCAUGCUCGUAGAUGACCGUUCGGCAAUGGUCCGUCUAUGUACCAGUUCUAGGUUCAUCCCUCAGUUUGUGAAAUGGUGCCAAAGGGAACACGGUCGUAAUAGGGAGUGCUGGAGUAGAAUUAACUUACUUAUAAGUAAACCAUCGGUGUUGGCUUUUCGAAGCAAUCGUACAACAUUUAUUUUUCUUCUAGCUCAACUUCACAUUCAAGAUGGCUUCAUGUCAUCGAGAAGCAACCAUUGCACGGAAUUUUCAAUGGGUUCAUAUAUCUGUUGUAAAACACAGGAUAAGAAAAACCAAACCUGCCCCCAAAGGACUUAUCAAAAAAGGAUAAACUACACGCAUAUGAAAAAUUUAAAGUGCGUGCACUCACACACACCUUUGAAAAGCGUAUUAAACGAUGUUAGCAGUAAGCAAAGGCAAUUAUUAUACAAAAAUAUACAUAUACUUAAAUAGCAGAAUAAGAGGACAUCGUGGAAGAAAGCGAGCAAAUAAUGUUCUUCUUGUGGAUAGACGUUUGGUCAUCAUGUGUUGUCUUGUUGUAGUUGUCUCGCAAUGAAUCGCAUCUACGAGGAAUGUUAUAAUCCAAUCUUACAGUUUCUAGGGGAUAUAGAAGGACGUGAAGUGGUAUAGGCCUUCGAGCACUAUAUUUACUGUUUUAUUCCAGCACGAUGGGAAUGUUUCUACUGAACGGCACCUGGAACGUCACCCCCCAUCCUAUCUAAAUUCACACACCUCGGCGCAGUGAGUCGUUUUCGACCAGCUUUUAACGCAUCCUCUCCUUUCUCGAAGCGUGCAGAAAUUCGGUUACGAUGCGUAAUCAAAUAGUGCAAUGGUGCGUGCUAGUAUGGUUAAUGUAUAAUGUGUAGUUCCGCUCAUAAGAUGUUGGAAAGCAUCCAGCCAGGGCAAACCGAUCAACCAUAGAAAAUGAAACGGAAGUCAGGAAGUAUUAAAUGAUCAUUCACAUGAACUUUCUUCAUAUCCAUAUGCACACUUUCAAAUUGCUCUAAUUUGGUUUGGUUAACUUUUUGCAAAGUAAGAUUAUUAGCGCGAAUUACAAAAAAAUAAGACGGAAGAGAAUUCAAUCAUUUAGGGAGGACCGGCUUCGAUUGUGUUAGAAUAUUUGGCAAAACAAUCUUCCAGCAGCGUGUGUGAAUGCUGGAUGGACUUUUUCCUGUUUGUGCUCAUGAUGUGUCAGGCUUUGCCAAAGGCUUUGAUACUGUGUGAUUUAUUAAAGUCAGUUGUUAAUGGAAAUCGAUGGGAUUCAAAGAAUAUGAAAAUUGAAAAAUGCACUACUACGAAACACGUUGGUAGCGGUGAGGUGUAUGGUAAACACUAGCGGUGGCUUAAAGAUUUACAGCAUAUUUUUCACUUUCUCUCCAUCUCUGCCUUCUCCAUUUCCUGUUUGAUGGAAAGUAUUAUUACUACACUCAAAUCACCAGCGAGAACGCGUUCUCAGUAAAACAUUAAAAUAGAACAAAUAAAAACUGCAAUAUAGCGGAUGCGCUAAAGUGAGAAAUUUUCGUCAACCAGUCGUCUAGUUAAAAAAAUGGAAACAAAAAAUAACUCAUCACAUAAUAUAGAAAAGCAAAAGAAGCAAAACAGACGCAAAAGAGACGAAAGUAAACUGAUUGAUCAUAAUUGUGUAACCAACU